AUGGCAGUUAAGGAUUUUUAUCUAAAUGGAUGCGCUCGAUGGCCUGUUUUCUUCCAACCGCAGUGGCAAGUAUUGUUUUUCAUUUUGUGCUCCAUUCAUUUUGCCAUCUCUCAAAUUCGCUACUCCGUCCCUGAAGAAAUGAGUAAAGGCUCGCUUAUUGGUAAUGUAGCACAAGAUCUGGGGCUCGAUUUGAAAAGGCUUCGAACGGGUCGAGCGCGUAUCGUGACCGGAGAAAGCACUCAGUACGCUGAGCUUAGAACAGACAAAGGGAUUCUGGUUGUGAGUGAGAGAAUAGACCGUGAACACCUUUGCGGCGACAUCACGCCAUGCAGCUUCAGCUUCGAGAUUAUUCUAGAGAACCCAAUGGAGCUGCACCAGGUUACGGUCGAAAUCACCGAUGUUAAUGAUAAUUCUCCGGUGUUUGAAAAUAAUAAAAUCAGUUUUGAAAUUAGUGAAUCGGCAGCUGUUGGUUCGGGUUUUGCUUUAGAAAGGGCGUAUGACUCUGACGUAGAACUGAAUUCUUUGCAAAAUUAUAUUCUCUCACGAAAUGAUUAUUUUGUUCUUAAACAAAACUCAAACCCAGACGGCAGUAAAUACGUUGAGAUGGUUCUUGAUAAAGGGUUAGACCGGGAGGAACAUCCUCAUCUAUCCCUGAAGCUGAUCGCUGUAGAUGGCGGAAGCCCGCAGAGGUCUGGCUCUGUUAAUAUAGAUGUUACUGUUUUAGAUGCGAAUGACAACGCACCUGUUUUUAGCCAGACAGUCUAUAGGGCAUCUGUGAUGGAAAAUUCAGAAAAAGGUACUCCUCUAAUCACUGUAAAUGCGACGGAUGCAGAUAGUGGUACAAAUGGACAAAUACUUUAUUCGUUUUCUGAUAUAAAAGAACAAUUUAAGGACAUUUUUAACAUUGAUGGGAAUACAGGUCAGAUAACUGUUACAGGUGAUGUUGAUUUUGAAAAAGAUAAACGGUUUGAAAUAAGAGUUAAGGCUAAAGACCAAGGCGGUCUGACAAGCACAAGUAAACUUAUAAUUGAUGUAACUGACAUUAAUGAUAAUGCACCUGUGAUAAACGUGAUGUCUCUCUCGAGCCCUAUAUCAGAAGAUUCGCCUCCAAGUACUACUAUUGCAAUAAUUCAUGUAAAAGACGCAGACUCAGGAAGAAAUGGACAGGUUAUGUGUUCUAUUGAUAAAAACCUUCCGUUCAGUAUUAAAUCGUCCCUCUCGAACUAUUAUAAUUUGAUCACAGAUGCCUUUCUUGACCGUGAAACUCAGUCAGAAUAUAAUAUAACAGUGAUUGCGACCGAUUCAGGUUCACCUGCACUCUCCAGCUCAACAACAAUACGCCUUAAGGUUUCUGACAUCAAUGAUAACGCGCCAGUUUUCGAUCGAAAUAGCUAUUCAACACACAUUCUUGAAAAUAACGAACCAGGGCUGUCCAUAUGUAGUGUAACUGCGAGCGAUUCAGACUGGAAUCAAAACUCUAGAUUGUCUUAUUUUUUAGAAGAUACUCAAAUUGGUGGAGUGCCGAUUUCCUCUUACUUGUCCAUAAACUCCGAGAAUGGCAUAAUACACGCCGUUCGUUCAUUUGAUUAUGAGCAAAUUAAACAGCUUAGUUUCGUUGUAAAAGCGCAGGACGGAGGAAAUCCUCCUCUCAGCAGCAACGUGAGCGUGAAAAUAAUGAUUCAGGACCAGAAUGACAACGCGCCUCAGGUUCUGUAUCCGGUCCAGUCAGGCGCUUCUGUGGUCGCUGAAAUAGUGCCUCGUUCGGCAGAUGUGGGUUAUCUGGUGACUAAAGUGGUGGCUGUUGAUGUGGACUCUGGACAGAAUGCCUGGCUCUCUUAUAAACUGCAGAAAGCCACAGACAGGGCGUUGUUUGAAGUGGGCUUACAGAAUGGAGAAAUAAGAACUGUACGCCAAGUGACAGAUAAAGAUACUGUGAAACAAAGACUCACUGUUGUAGUGGAGGACAACGGGCAGCCCUCUCGAUCAGCUACAGUCAAUGUUAACGUGGCGGUGGCGGACAGCUUCCCUGAAGUGCUUACAGAGUUCACUGACUUCACGCACGACAAGGACUACAACGACAACCUGACUUUCUAUCUAGUCUUGGCCUUGGCUGUAGUUUCGUUUCUCUUUAUCGUGUCUAUCAUUGCCAUACUGUCAGUCAAAUGCUACAGAUGGCAACGCCAGCGGAUGUAUUAUAAAGCUGGAGCGAAUCUUCCAGUUAUUCCGUAUUAUCCGCCUCUUUACGCAGACGUAGGGGGCACAGGAACUUUACAGCACGUGUACAAUUAUGAGGUUUGCAGAACCACUGACUCCAGAAAGAGUGAUCUGAAAUACAGCAGACCUUGCAGUGAGAGCAUCAUUAGUCUGGACAACAGCGGAACACAGACACUCACGCAUGCUCAAAGAGAAAAAAACAAUCAAGAUUUCGAUGAUCAGGUGAGAUUUACUGUGUAUUUUUUUAUAUGCAAGAGGAUUUUCUUCUUCUUUUUUCGUGUGUGUGUACAUAUAUGAAAUAUAUUUGUUAAGUCAACCGUUGCGUUUGUGUGUUUCUGUAAACACUUUUUUUUUUUUUUGGUACCAAGUAGGUAUUUCUUAAUAAAUUGAAACUACAUAUAAUUUUAUCGUUUGUUAUUUAGAUAGUUAUCAUAUGAUAUGUGUAUUAAUUGUUUGAAACCAUUGUGUAGAAAAUGUGUCUUGAUUCGCUGACCAUGGUGCUGAAAUGGGA